AUGAAGCUAAAACGUGAUAUUGACGGUGAUAUAUCCGUCAUAAACUAUUCAAAUCAGUUUUUUACUGUUCUGAAUCCAAGUCAAAACAUUUCAGUUGUAUCUAUUAAGAAAGAUUUUGAGUUUUCAUAUAAAUUACCUCCAGAAUGUUGUGAUGAUUAUCCGACCAAAUACCAUCUAACUCCAUUGGUAUCUAAUGAUUCUAUUUCUAAAUUUGUUUUUUCAAAAAAAAACCAUCUUUAUAUUUUAAAUGCAGGUGAAGAACUAACUGUUUAUAAUGUAAUAAAGUCAAGAGCUACAAUUUUAUCUGUAAUUUCAUGUCGAUUGGUUAAUAGUUAUGAUUGGAAUAUAAUCACUCUAACUGCUCAUGAAAAAACAUUUCGCUUAGAAUUAAGAUUAUCUAAAAAUUUGGAAAUAAUAGAGACAUUAAAUUUAUUAUCCUUUGAGGAUCAUAUUGAGUUAUUGGAUAUUCAAUUUGUUGAUGAAUAUAUAUUCCACGACAAUUUUGGUAUAAUCAUCAUAAUAUAUCGCAUUAAAGAUGAUAUCAAAUAUGCAUUGAUAUCUGUAAUUUCUAAAAAAUUUGCUAUCUUACGGCAUAAUUCACUCAAUGAUAAAUUGAAGAUGAAUGUUGAUAAUGUUUUUUCUUGUUAUAGAUGCUGGUUUUUCUGCGAAAAAUCCAAUCUCGCAAGAGCUACAUUGGAUCAUAAGCUUCUAGAUUUAACAUUUGAAAGAUUUUUUGAUUUCAAUGGCAAUUUUUUUAUAUCGCAUGAAAUUUGGGGUAAAUAUAAUUCUACAUCAGAUUCCGUCAAUAUUAAGUUAUUCAAAUGGCCCAAAUUUGAAUUGUUAAAUGAAACAUUUUCAACGGAUGAUAAAAUAACCAAUAUAUUUGGGGGCAUUGAUGGAAAUAAUGUUUUAUUAUUGUUGAUUUACUCAAAAAAUGAAAGAUACCAAACUAUAAGUUUAAAUACUGAUAAUUUCAAUAGAAUUUCAUCUGCUUUUCAAUUUGAAAAGGCGAUCCGAUCAUUCGACAAUAAUGUUAAUUAUUUAAAUUUGGAUAAAGAUUUUAAUAUUACGAAUGUGAGGAAUCUUUUUCAAUUAGAAACAUUAAGGGACGAAGAUGCAGUUAAAAUCUUAUUAAAGGAUCCUGAAUUGUUACUACCAGUUUUCAUAGAAUCAUUUAAUAUAUCACCCAUCCAUUUAAUUAUGGCAUUUAAAAAACAUCUCAAUCAGAAAUCAUUUGACAUUUUAAUUAGAAUGUUGUUAAAAUGGUUAGAUUCAUUUAAUAAUGGUGUGGAGUUGACAGAAUUGUCAAGCAAUGUUUAUUGCAAUUUUGAUCCUAUAAUAUGGAUAAAAAAAGUUGUAGAAUUGACUUGUUGCAUUCUAGAUUCGACCGUCAAUAGCAGUUUUAAUGCUGAUAAAAUUGUUACUGAAGAAUUGAUAAGAUUGACUAAAGAUGUUUGUAAAUUACAGAAAAAUUUACAGCAUAUAUACAGUAGAGUUACCAUGUUAACAUCUGCAAGUUAUUUCCAUGAUGUUAGGAAAUAUAAUUCAAAUAAACUUUUAGAAACAUUUUCAAUUGAUCUUUAA